CUGUGUUCUUCUAUUUCUGUCUGAGCGGUUGUUUCGGCGAUCAUCUCGUACUGUCUGAGAUAUCCCACAAUCCUUUGCUCUUCAAAAUACUUGCCAGUCAUUGUCGGAGCGAUCAUAUUGGAAGUACACUGAGACAUCAUGAAAGAAACAGCGGCCAAGCGGCGGGACAAAGCGGGAGGCCGGGACUCCAAAGCGGAGAAGCCGAAGCAGUCGGGCCCGGAGCCGCAGGACGUGGAGAUGCCGGAGGAGGACGCUGCCAACACGGCCAAGCUGCCCAAAGAGCUGGAUAGCCUGACGCUUGACGACAUUAAGGAGCACGUGAAGCAGAUCGAGAAGGCAGUGUCGGGGAAGGAGCCUCGCUUCGUGCUGCGCGCUCUCCGUGCGUUGCCAUCCACCAGCCGUCGCCUGAACACCAAUGUGCUGCACAAAACAAUUCAUGGCUUCUUCACCAACAACACCACCACCAGAGACUUCUUGCUCGGCUACUUGGAGGAGCCGAUGGAGAUGGCGGAAGGUGAUGUCCAGUUUCGUCCACGGACAGGUAAAGCUGCGUCAGCUCCUCUGCUGCCUGAAGUUGAGGCUUACCUGCAGCUGCUGCUGGUGGUUUACCUGACCAACAACAAGAGAUACACCGAGGCUCAGAAGGUUUCAGACGACCUGCUGCAGAAGAUCGGCUCCAAGAACCGCAGAGCUCUGGAUCUGGUCGCUGCCAAGUGUUACUACUAUCACGCUCGAGUGUACGAGUUCCUCAACCAGUUCGACACCAUGCGCAGUUUCCUCCACACUCGUCUGCGUACAGCGACUCUGCGUCACGAUGCUGACGGUCAGGCGGUCCUCCUGAACCUGCUUCUCAGGAACUACCUGCACUUCAACCUGUACGACCAGGCUGAGAAACUCGUGUCCAAGUCUGUGUUCCCCGAACUCGCCAACAACAAUGAGUGGGCCCGAUACCUUUACUACACGGGUCGUAUUAAGGCCAUCCAGUUGGAGUACACUGAGGCUCGCAGGACUCUAACCAACGCUCUGAGGAAAGCUCCACAACACACUGCUGUGGGCUUCAAACAGACGGUUCACAAGCUGCUGAUCGUGGUGGAGCUGUUGUUGGGAGAGAUUCCUGACAGACUUCAGUUCAGACAGCCGUCACUCAAGAGAUCACUAAUGCCCUAUUUCCUGCUCACACAGGCUGUGAGAACAGGUAACCUUGCUAAGUUCAACCAGGUGUUGGAGCAGUUUGGGGAGAAAUUUCAGACAGACGGGACAUACACGCUCAUCAUCCGCCUGAGACACAACGUCAUUAAGACCGGUGUCCGUAUGAUCAGCCUGUCGUACUCUCGAAUCUCUCUGGCCGACAUCGCUACGAAGCUGCAGCUCGACAGCCCAGAGGACGCAGAGUUCAUUGUUGCCAAGGCAAUCCGUGACGGAGUGAUCGAGGCGAGCAUCAACCACGAGAAAGGUUUUGUCCAAUCAAAAGAGAUGAUGGACAUUUACGGCACCAGAGAGCCUCAGCUGGCUUUCCACCAGAGAAUCUCCUUCUGCCUCGACAUCCACAACAUGUCUGUCAAGGCCAUGAGGUUUCCCCCCAAAGCUUACAACAAAGACCUGGAGUCAGCAGAGGAACGUCGGGAAAGAGAGCAGCAGGAUCUGGAGUUCGCUAAAGAAAUGGCUGAAGAUGAUGAUGACAGUUUCCCAUGAGCCUCUCUGCUGACUUCUACGCAGACAGGAAUUAUAUAUACUGUGUGUGUCGGCACGCUGAUGUUAGUAAAACAGAUAUUACCCACAA